UGGAUUUAGUUGAAGUUUGAAGUUUACUUGAGGUGAUGUAUGCCUAGUCUUGAAGAUAUUUAUGAAGGCAAUUCUAAUAUUGACAAACUUGGCUUCAACCUAUUGUUUUAAACGCGUCGCCUCGUUCCACUUUUGAAUCUGAUAAGAAUUAUUGCUUGACUCAUUUGCCUUAUUUGAAGUGGAAUCGAAUUAGAUUAUUUUCUGUCUAAAUCCGUGAUCGCAUUCAAAGGCUAUCCUACGGCGUUUUCGAUGGAGAGGAACAUUCAGGUCUUCACUGCCAUGGAUUGUUCAUUGUGCACUGAUGUACCACCUGUAUAAGCCCAACCAUGUCUCAGUCUAAACCAAGCCUUAAAAACCAGAAAUGGAAGAAAGCGCAAUUCAAACUAGCAGCAGUAACUGGGGUGCACCGGCGAAAACCUCCCACGCGAUUGUCUGGGACAGCAAAAUCGAGUCUUGGAACAGCCGGCCUUCAUGGACCUGGGUCACAGAUGUUUCGAGAUACUGCAUCCAUUCAUACCUCGGGUUCUAAUAUUGUGCGGGAGAUGUACCAACCUAAGUUUGGAUACAAUACAAAGACCAUGCAGAGGUUUAUGGAGUACCUAAAAAAGACAGACCUUGAGUCCGUGUUCCAAGUCCUCCUAACAAUACUACUCAACCGGAACGAACUCCCUUAUAACCCUUACCCAGGAUUUGCAGAGAAGAUCUAUCCCUAUGUUGAGAAGUUUCAUCUGUAUCAGAUUUCUGAAGAGAAAAUACAACACAUGUUACGUAACAGCCUGAAGGAGACCAGAGUAGCCCACCUGUUUACUGUGCGUAACAUUGAGAUGGUGUGGGGACUGUCUAGUGUCCUUAGAGUGGUCAGUGCACAGAGACUAAUCCGUUAUAAAUGGCUGGUGGAUGACUUAAUCAUUGACCCUAAGAAGCUGACUUUAGAGGAAGGGUACACUGCAGAUGUAAUCAUCUCUCUGGUUGGGCCCUGCGUGUUUGAAGGAACUUUUUUCAGCACUGCUCAUCAUCUACAAAUCCGUAAAGAAUAUGUUUUGUAUGGUGAAGAUAGUACCAAGGGUGUGGCUGAAUUUGUACAAAUUGUCGAAGUUGAAAUCAAUGAGAUGUACACAUCAAAACAACACCAAAUCCUGGGCGUGAACAUGCUUGUCAGUGAUGUGGAGGGAACAGGAGAGCAUCAAGAGUUUUGGGAGCCAGACAGGAUAACACAAGAACAGGAGAUUUUUGAGAAACAAAUGACGGACACUGUACAGAGCAAUAAGUUCAUCAAAAUGGAGUGUGUGUUCCUGUUAGACCCAAACUACCCAAAGUACAUCAGGGGUCAAAUCCAGUAUGGCCUCAACUUCAUCACAAUCAAUGAAAAGAAAGGGGAAGAACUAGUGACAAGUUUCUGUGAGUUUCCCAUGGCGACGCUACAUGAGGGAGUGUUCCUUAAACUUAGCCAUGGGGAGGCCUACAUGGCGCUUUAUAUGCCUUGGCUGGCAGUCCAUCAGAAGGAAAACAAAGAGAGGGAUGAUUUGUUUUAUAUCAGUGGAAAGCAUUUGGGUGAGGAGGAAGAGGAGGAGUAUGUUCUUGAGGAUCUGGAGAUCGACUCCGCUAGAGAGCAUGUGUUUGAUCGCUUUGACCCAAUCAAACCUCGUAGGGUCAAGAUUGAUGGGUUUGGUGGUAUGCGUGAAACCCAGGACAGUCCUUACGCUUCUAAUAUUAUCACACCUCUAAGAUCCAUGCUAGAGAUGAGAGCAGCAACAGAGAGUGUGAAGAUAGCAACAACUCUAGAUGCCUGCUACACCUCCAUUCUGCUUCUGCUGCUGAAGAACAGAAAUGAUAACGACAAGAAAUUAGAAAUGGAGAUUUAUCGUUUGAUGCAUGGAACUGCUGGUCGGGUGUAUGACCUAAUGGAACAGAAUAAAAGUGUUCGCUACAUCAUCAAAGGCUUUUCUAAUACUAAAGAAGUUGGUGUUAUACGGGAACACCUCGUGACGUACAGGGACGCCAUAAUGAACCUGUUUGACAGUAGUCUGAAUGUUCGUAGUAGUGAGUAUAUUACCGUGGGCCGGGCAAUGGCUGCCCAAGUGGACGACAUGAUCCCAGAAAAGUCUGACGUGUUUGCUACUGUUCCUCACAUAGAGAUGGCGCUACAGAGGCUGAGCAGUUUGAACUGGUACUGUCAAGCCCUAUUUAUACAGGUAGUGGGCGACACCUUACCAGAGUUACCUGUCCUACAGAGCUAUUUAGAGAAUUUGCGUUUGGAAUCGUCCAAUAAGGGCGCAGCUGCGACAAGACUUCGUGAGAGACCAGAUGCUUUGGGGAAAAAUUUUGACCUCAGUGACGUCAUCCAUGGUCAAGAGAGUGAAAGGAUUCAAAACCAUGAACGUUAUGUGAUAGAUGUUGCUGCCAAUAUGGUGGAAAACUUGACUGUAUCAAAACUCAUUGCCAAGGACUCUGUACUCUUAAAGUAUGUUGUGGAUACUCACCUAGACAUGGUUUGGUAUGACUUAUAUUUUAACAUGAAUUGUUUCAGUACGUUGUGGAUACUCACCUAGACAUGGUUUGGUAUGACUUAUAUUUU